UAUUAUAUAGAAAAAAACAUCUAGAUAUUAGUUGGUAACAUAGAGUACAAAUAGCAUGGUAAAUUGCAGAAGGAAUGUUACAUCUUCAUAAAUUGAAAUCAAGGGUGAAUAUAAAAAUAUCUGACUUUGGUCUUACAAGAGUUUAAGCUGAUAAUGGUAAGAUAAUGACAGGGACAUUAGGAACUUUUGUAUAAUAUAUUAUAAAAGUUAUAGCAUUGGAUGGCUCCUGAAGUAUUUUAGAAUUUCCCUUAUACUAUAAAAGCAGAUGUGUAUUCAUAUGCAGUAUAAUAGUUAUUCUAAUUUUAGAUAGUUUUAUGGGAAAUAUGUUGCAGAGAAACACCUUAUAAACAGUUAUCUACAAAUCUUCCUGCAAUUAUGAAAUUAGUAACUGUUGAUCAUGGAAGACCAGAUCUAAACUUAAUUUAGUUAGGAUGUCCUUCGUUUUUAAAAGAUUUGAAGAUCAAAUGUUGGGAUAAAGAUCCGAAUAAAAGACCAUCAUUUAAAGAAAUAACUUAAUACUUGCGUGCAUAAUUAUGA